UUGAAAAUCGUGGAAUGGUGGAGUUAUUGAACAUAAUAAAUCAUGUUCCAGUAAAAUCAUAUGAAUGAUAAAAUUUGAAACUCACAAAUCAUUAAGUAAUUUCGCGUAAUACAAUGUUCUAUUUCUAUAUAUAGUACGACUAGGUAAUGUACUAAUGUUUAUCUUUUUGGUGAAACAUUCUUAAAAUAAAGUAAUAAAUUAGUUAUUUUUUGUUGAAAAAAAUAAUUAACUUACAUUGUAUACUACAAGUAGUGUCAUGGUUCCCCACUCUCUUCUCUCUAGCCCGUUAAGUCAUACUUCUUCUUCCUCCAUUCUUCUUCCUCCAUUCUUCUUCACCAUCACCGUUCUCUAUACUUGGCUAUAUCUUGAUCUUUUAUCUUGUGUAUUUUAUAUGGUAAAUUAUAUGUUUGCUUAGUGAGAAUUUUAUACGCAAAUGCUUUGUUAAUAGAGAAUCAUCUAGAGGCUUCUCCAUCAAAUGAAAGAAGAGCUCCUCAGAUUAAAACCAACAAGCGAGAGUCUCUAUAAUAAUCUUCAGAUAAGGAAUACUGUUUGUGUUGAGCCUCUUACAAUUAAUUUUGGAGGUGGCUUGUGAUCUUCUAGAUCAACAUUCAACAAUGGCAAUGAAGAUGAAGGGCAUCUACAAAAGCUUCAAAUCCAUCUCUCUAAUGUUUGGUUCGAAAGAAAGAGAUUUGGAAAUUGGGCACCCAACAGAAGUAAAACAUGUGGCCCAUAUUGGUUGGGAGGGCUCCUCUGGCAGUGCUCCUGCUUGGAUGAGUGACUUUAAGGCAGGAGCAGAGUUUUUAUCUCCAAGAGCAUCAUCUUUCAGUCAUGCAAGACAUUCAGAUUCUUUCUUCACCACUUCAGAUUCCACCGAUUUCGAUCAAGGCUCAACUCAACUAAAUAUAUCGGAUAGGAUAAGAGAUGUGCCUCCGAUUCCAGUAGGUCUAUCCAAGAUUCAUACUAAAAGCAAGAAUAGGAGAAAGAAACCAUCUUCGACAUCAUCACCAAGAUCCAGACCAUCUCCAAAAUCUUCGAGAUCAAUGGGUUUAUCGAAAUCAUCGCAUAAGUCAAUGGUAUCUCGGUUACACUCUAAUGCAUAACUAGAGUGAACUAAAAAGUACCAUGAAACACAAAAAAAUCUAAAGCUUUUGCAUUGUGCAUGAGGAAUUUUUUUUGUAGUUCUCGUGAUUUUCUUUCCAAGUGUUUGUUUUCGUAGUUCUCAUAUUUCGGCAAGUUCUAUGUACAUUGUAGAAAGACGUAAAAAAAAUUGUUUAAAUUUUGUGA